ACUAUCUUCGAAAUUACCUAAUUUCUUGGUAAAUAUGCGGCCCAACUUGUUUUCCGGUGCCUCGCGGCUUUUGAAAUACGGCCGGAAUGGAAAACUCCUGACUCGGGCGAGGAGCACGAAGGCGACCUCCAGCAGUCUGGACUCCCAGCAGCAGGAGGCGGCGGCCACCGAAGGAGGAAAGACCGAUUUCGUGGAGGAGUCACCGGAAGAUCAGCAAAAACUGCCCACCCGUGAGCCGCUGGCCAAGAACUUCUUUAUCGGAGUGGUGGACAAGGAGCUGCUGGCCUAUCCGGAGGUGAUUCCCCGCGAUGAGAUGUCCCAGCUGCAGAACUCCCUGCUCCCCCUGAAGAAUUACUUUGUGGAGCCCCGGGAAACGGAGGAGAAAACAUCUCCUGAGAUUCUGCGCCAGCUGGGACUCUAUGGCCUCAAUGCGCCCACGGAUUUCGAUGGCAAAGGCUACGGUUGGAGUGCCAGUCUGAUAGCCAGUGAACCAGAUUCCACGGAUGUAAACGUGACCCUUGGCCUGCAAACUCACCGCGUGGUUGUGGAUUUGCUGAAGGAAGUCGGGACUCCCCUGCAACAGCAGAGAUAUCUCCAGGAUUUAGCCCUCGGCAAACUGAUAGGCAGCGAAGCCAUCUAUGAGUACACCCCACCCGAAGAGGACUACUUUAGCACCAAGGCGGAACUACUUCCGGAAUCCGGAAAGUGGCUGCUCAACGGCGAGAAGGCAUUUGUGGUCUGCACUCCGGGGGAGCGCCAGCUCUUCCUCGUUCUCGCCCAAAGCCAGCAGCCAAAUGUGCCGGGAGCCUUGGGACGAGGCACGACGAUUUUCCUGGUGGAUUCCCAACAGGAGGGUGUGCGUCUGGGUGAGAAACAGGCCACCUUUGGUUGCCGGGAAGCGGAAAUCCGACGUGUGCACUUCGAUCAGGUGAAACUAAGCGUGGAGCAGGUGGUGGGCCUUCCACACGACGGCAACCGCUACUCGGAGCAGCUGGUUCGGUCAUCUCGACUGAGAGGCAGCAUAGUGGGCUUAUCGCUGGCCAAGAAACUCCUGAACGAACUGGCCCAGUACAGUGUGUCAACCACACAAUGUGGAGUUCAACUCAAGGACCUCGAGCUAACCCGCGUCCACCUGUCGCGAGCCAUGUGCUCCGUUUAUGCGAUGGAGAGCAUGCUCUACAUGACUGCCGGCCUGCUGGACGAGUUCCGUGCCCAGGAUGUGACUUUGGAGAGCGCCAUCACCAAGUUCUUCACCCUGCGUCAGCUGUACGAGAUUGCCUCUCAAAAUCUAGGCCUCGUGGGGCCCAAAAGUCUGCUCAGUGGCGAGGCCACGGAGUUGGGAUUACGAGAUGCCGCACAGCUGUGCACGCAGGGUGAAUCUCUCGACACGCUGGGCAUGUUCAUCGCUCUCACAGGAUUGCAGCAUGCGGGGAAAGCCAUGAAUGCGGGUGUGAAGAAGUCGAGGAAUCCCCUCUUCCAUCCUGGUCACAUUUUCGGCAAGUUCCUGGACACCAAUAGCAUCGACAAUCCCAAGACUAAGAUGCAGCUCUCGGAGCAUGUGCAUCCGUCUUUGGAAGCGGCAGCUCAGUGCAUUGAGCAUUCGGUGGCCCGUCUGCAAAUGGCUGUGGAGCUGAUGUUCACCCGCCAUGGAAACGCGGUGGUGGAGCGCCAAAGUGAAAUGCAGCGCCUGGCGGAGGUGGGCACCACCGUCUAUGCCAUGUGGGCCAGUGUGGCGAGAGCCUCCCGAUCCUACUGCAUUGGCCUUCCGCUGGCGGAUCACGAACUGCUGACGGCCACGGCGAUCUGCUCGCAAGGAAGGGACCGAGUCCACACCCUUUGCAAUGAGAUCUACGGCGGUAAUUUCGUGAACAAUGACAACAACCUGGUGCGACUCUCCAAGCAGCUGGCAAAGAGCAAGGGAUACUUCCCCGUCCACCCGCUCACGUUCAACUUCUAAGCCUGGCUAGUAGUUUAGUUUUUAUUGUCUUUACCAUUUAAAUAAAUAUUUGUUAUUGAUGAA